AUGCGCUCAGCUGAGCCGCAGGAAGCCGGACAUGGGAGUCACCCCCAGAUUACCGUGAUUCGAAAUCAGUCGGGUGUACAGGGUGUACGGGCUAUACCCCGCCUGGUCGCCAGGCCCGCCAACGGGGUACCAAAUGGGGAUCCCGCGGGAGCUCCGAGUGUGCCCACAUAUCGGCUCGCAGACUGCCCGCCUUUACCGCGGCCUGGUCAUGUGCAGCAAGCCCCCGGGUACCUCUUGGUCACCAUGGUCAGCUGCCGUGCAGUGGCGCAGCGGGACCUCCGAGGGUGGGCACUUACUGCAGGAGCGCAGGAAUGCAGGGGUACAGGCAGUGGGGCUUGCAGGAUCGCAGCAGGCCGUGCGGAACGUGGGAGACUCACUCUGGGCCGUGAUAACAUGAUCCGAAAAGUUGCCGAGCCCGGAGUUCCCGGCCCCUCUGCCGUCGCGGUGUUGCCGAGCGUGCCGACUGAGCUGUCUGUCAUAGCCCAUUGCUAA